GCCGUGCAGGCAGCACAGCAGGGCCCUGUCUGGCUAGUGGCAGCGCUAGCGCCAAUCUGCCGCCCUUGGUUGGCCGUCUACACUCUGUCCGGUCCUCCGGCGCCCGGCAGAUGUGUCGCAAGUUGUCUUCGGGCCGCCGUGGCCGCGCGUUGUUUGUUUGUAGUCUUUGUUGGGUUGUCGUUGCCGCGCCCGCCGGUUUGAUUGUUCGUCGCCACCCACCCAGCAGCGUGGGCACUCUCUCAGUCAUGGUUGUGAGUAGUAUUCAGCGAUUGUGGUGCUCGGAUCAGUGCGACAAGGCCCACGACUCGCGUAGUG